CUGAUCAUUAUAUUUCUGGAUCAUGAUCACUAACACGUUUCGGUUUUAUGAUCUCGCUUAGAGAUCCUAGAAUGCUUGUCUGUUGAGGGGAACGUCUAUGCCAUUAGAUUCUCUGCAGGAGUUUGAAUAGGCGGACUAAGUUUAUAAGCAUAUGCUUAGUUGGUUACCUGAGUGUUUAAUCUCCAAGAUUAUUUCUGGAUUAUGUGGGGCGGUGGCUACUCGGUAGACAUUGUUUGACUUGGUAGAUUUUGUAUAUCAUUUAAUUUCGAAAUCAAUAUGAGGCAGAGGUUACCGCGCACUAGUCAGAUGGUUGAUAUGGAAAUGGAUCGACAAGGACAGAAUUAUCUUCAUGCUGAGCCCUCCAUCAUUCUGCCAGGCACAUCUAACUUCCCUCAGCAGAGUAUACCUGCAAUGGUUACAGCUUCAGGGAAUGCAGCAAAUCCUGAGGCUCAUUAUCUUCCCGAUCCUUACGAAGGUCCUAUGUUACAUGGUUUAAAUCAGUACAGUGGUGUUCAACAUCAUCAUAGUAUAGGUUUAAGUACUGCAGCUCCUGGAAACUAUUAUUACUCUUAUGUUACUCCGCCAUCUAGUAAUGGGUUGUUACCUGCACCUCUAAAUCAUAAUGUAACCGACCAGCUGCCAUCUGCUAGCAAUUAUGGGGUCCUUCAAACUUCUUCUGAUGGCUAUGGUAGGAGGGCAUAUUUUGUGGAUGAAGUUAGUGAUCCACACAAGAGAAAGAUUACAGAAGGUAUUCCUGGGAAUGUUCAACACUUGAAUGGUCUGGCCAGCUCUAGUUCUUCAGUGCAUUUGUCGAAUUCAAGGCAUCCCGAAGAGGUUGCUAUGGUUGAAGCAUCAUCUUUUCCCCCACCUCAGAGUAGAUGGAAUGGACCUCGGAAUAGUGUUAGAGCUGGAUCAAGUGGACCUAGGCGCGACUCUCUUCUACCACUUGACCAUAAUCAUACAACUCUUGGAAAUAAUAGGGGUCAACACCUUCAGCCUGCAAAUUCUACUUUCUGGUUGGACCAACACUUACAGGCUAAUUGUGGCAAUAGAAACGCUUCAUCUUGGAAUCAACCCUCUACUGCACCUUUCAUGCAAGGAACUAAUACAAAUGGAGGUUUGUUGGAAACCAUGAAUUUGGGUGUGUACGGAUAUCAUGAAACGGCGGGAAACAGGAAUUCUAGAAAUGUUCAACAUCCUUCCUUAAACCAUGGCCAACAUAUUCACAAUCACCCAUCUACAGUCGUGCAAAGAAUUAGAGGCCAAAAUUUCCAGUACUACCCCCAAGUGACGGCAGCUUCAUACGGAUUUCCUUUGAAUUCUUCAUAUGGCACCAUGAAUCCUCAUAGUCUGGACAUAGGGCGUAGGCAACAAGGGCCAGUUGCACCUACUAGCCAUGGGCUGCACCGGCUUCCACGAGUGAAUGUUGCUGCUGACACUACAAAUAGACAUCACAACCUUCCUCAGUUGAGAUUCUUGCAGGCUGAUGAAGUUGCAUUACUGGAAAUUCCCGACUUAUAUGAAGUGGGGAAUUCUGUUGACCAUCACAGGGACAUGCGAUUGGAUAUAGAGGACAUGUCUUAUGAGGAACUUCUCGCUUUAGGGGAGCGAAUUGGGAACGUCAGCACUGGGUUAACAGAGGAAAUCAUUAAAGCCCAAUUGAAGACGAGGAGCUUUGUAUCAUCUGUAACAGUUGUUAAUCUGGAGGAGGAGGAGGAGGAGGAGGAGGAAGAGGGUUCGAGUUCGGAUCAGGACGCCGAUUACUGUAUCAUUUGCCAGGAUCACUAUCAGAACCAUGAGAAAAUUGGAACGCUCGAUUGCGGACACGAGUACCAUGCAAGUUGCUUAAAGAAGUGGCUGAUUGUCAAGAAUGUCUGUCCCAUCUGCAAAUCAGAAGCAUUGGUGACGGUUCGAAAGGAACGAUGACUAUCGAGCGUUCCCCUUACAAAUCAUCUAUCUAUCUAUCAAUGCAGUUAGCUGAUGUUUUGUUGACUUUUGUAUAUGUACUUGCAUAUAAAUAUAUAUGUAUGACUUAAAAAGUAACUGUCCAGCUCAUUUUAUUUGUUGGCUUCCAGAAUAUGGAUCCUGUUGUAUUUAUAAAAACAUUGUACAGACUUGUUUCUUUAUCAUCUUCUGUGCUGUACUUUUCAUAUUUAAAGCACAUUGCUCAAUUAUGUACACUCCAUGAAUUUGCAAGAUUUAUGAUCUUUGCAGGAUAUAAUGUGAUGCUCACAUUUGUAAA